AUGAGCGACAAACCAGCUGUCGGCGUCAUGGCCGUAUUGCAGAACAAAAAAGUCAGACGUGUCGACGAGCGAAUAGUUCCUUAUAGUGAUCAGCGACAAAAGACCAAACAUAAAACAGAUGUAGAUAAUUGCGCCGUUCUUUUGGCUGAUGAUCAGCUUGAGAGAAUAUACGGCUCGUUCAUGCUGUGCUCAGCUAUUAAACGCGCAACUGAGAUGGGCAUGGGCGUGCGGUUAUAUACGUCGGCAAGCUGCGGAAGUGGCGCCACAUAUUUUGGAAGCCGUCAGGUUUUAAUAGUAGCGAUGGGGUCUUUCAAAGACACUAUUAUGCGGCACCGAGCGACAAGGUACCGCCGUUUUGCUCGGAAUUUAUCGUUAAGCCGUUUGACGCGCUCCGGCCUACGCUGA